AUGCAGAACAGAAUUCUCGAAGAGGUUGAAUAUUUCCUAACAGAGGUGGACAAAUUUUCCGGAAAGCCUUUUGAUAUCCGGCCUCUGAUAUCUAAGGCUAUUGGUAACGGUAUUUCUACGGUUGUAUUUGGUAAGAGGUUCGAACAUUCGGAUCCCACUUCCUCGGAACUUAUUCGGUUGUUAAAUGGUUUUAUUGAGGGGGACACCUUGCAGUCUCCGAUUAACUCUUUCCCCAUACUGAAGUAUCUUUCUGGUGAUUUGUUCGGAUGCAAGAAAUUUAUGCGUGACUUUGCCCGAGUCUUCGAGAUUCAGAAAAUGAUCGUUGAUGAACACAGGGCAAGUUUUGACGAAAGGGAUAUAAGGGAUUUCAUAGAUUGUUUUCUAUUAGAACAGAUGAAACGAAACAAGGCAGGAGAAAACCACACUUUCACAGGUAACCCAAUGUUAGCAGAUUUAGAUUUUAAUACAUCAAAUAGAUGUCUCCUAGCACUGACAGACAGGUAA